AAUGGAACAUUUUGAAGAGCGUUUUUCUGAUGAAGACGAAGUUUCAAGUAGUCAAAAGAGGCGUUCAAAGAGGAAAGACUCGGAAGGAAGAAGAGAAGAAGAUGUUCAAAGGCUUCGCCUGAAGAUUAAUUCUAGAGAGAGAAAACGUAUGCAUGAUUUAAACUCGGCACUCGAUGGUCUUCGAGAAGUUAUGCCAUAUGCUCAUGGACCCAGCGUACGAAAAUUAUCAAAGAUCGCAACUUUACUUUUAGCCAAAAACUAUAUAUUAAUGCUAUCUAACAGCCUCGAAGAAAUGAAAAAGCUUCUAAACGAUGCAUAUGGUAGCAGAACGCAUGUGCCUCGUUCUCUGCCACCUUUGACGCUGGUACCUGCUGCCUUGGAACCUGGGCAAUCCUUUCAAACGCCACCCGUCAUUCCACCGGUCUCUCAGCCUCAAUCCACUGGUCAGCCCCUUGCUGCGACAGCGCCGUUAAUACCCUUAUCUACUUGGCCGUUCCCGCUGAAAUAA